AGUGCGAGUGCAGAGGGGGCUCCUGCGACCCGCGCUCAGGGGAGUGCACGUGCUCCGCGGGGCUGACGGGGAAGCAGUGCGACGUCUGCGCCCACCACCACCAGAUCCCUGUGGCCAACGGCCCCGACAGCGUCCGCUGUGAAGGAGUCAUUCACCUCACUCCACAGCCAUCUUCCCCCCCCCUCCACAGCCAGCUCCUCAACCUCAGCGCCAGCUCCAUCGCCUGGGCUCGCCUCCACGCUCUCAACGGCACUCUGGCGACCGUCGCUAACCAGCUGCGUGAGUACCAGAGAGCCAUGAACAAGGUCAGGCAAAGGGCUGACGAGCUGGAGGAUGAGAAUGUGGACCUCACACAAGACCUGAAUGCCCUGCAGCACAAGAUGACAAUGACUCACAGAGAAGUGAACCAGAUUGAGCAGCACACGAGGGAGACUUACCAGAGGGGAGAGCAGCUCGUGCAGAAUAUCCAGAGCAUUCAGAGAGGCAUUGCAGACUUGGUGCAGCAGAUGGCCAGGUUUGGGGCAGCAAACACCACCACCACCUCCACCGAGGAGUUUCGGCAGAAGAUGGCCGAGGUGGAGAGAAUGCUGAGGGAGAUGAAGGAGCGGAGCCUGGGCAGCCAGGAGGAGCUGGCGAGGCGCGAGCACGAGGAGGCUCAGAAGCUGCUGCACCAGGUGCGGAGCGAGCUGCAUGCCCGCUGGCAGGCCAACCAGGACGUGGUGAGCAGCGUCCGGGAGCGGCUGGCGCAGCACAGCACCCAGCUGAUGGAUCUGCGUGAUGCCCUCAACGAGGCUGUGAACAAAACCAGGCAGACAGAGGACCUGAACAGCCUGAACCGCAACAACCUGGAGGAGACUCAGCAAAAGAGCCGUGAGCUCCAAAAACAGCACGGCCUGGUGCAGGAGACCCUGAGGAUGGCCAAGGACUCCUUGGCCCAGGUCUCUGACUUCCUGCAGAAGAUGGAGCGUGCAAAGGAGGCGUAUGAGAAGCUGGCCGCUCUGCUGGAUGGGGCCAAGCUGCCCCUGACCGACCGGGUCAAGAAGUUCUCCCCAGCCAGCAGCAAGAUCCCCAUCGUGGAGCAGGCAGAGGAGCACGCCCGGCUGCUGGACGAGCUCGCGAGGAACCUGUCCAGCAUUAUCCAAGGCACAAACCAGGAUGGCUUCAUCCAGCGGGCGAUCGACGCCUCCAAUGCCUACGCCAGCAUCAUUGAAGCUGUGAGGAAAGCCGAGCGAGCGGCCCACGAUGCUGAUGAAGCAGCUGGAGAGGCUUUGAUGAGUGUCAUAUCAGAAAAUCUCGGGGCCAUCUCUAAAGAGCUGAAGAGGAACAGCAGCAACCUGGAGGAGGGUGUGAGGAGAGAGCAGAGAAAACUCAAUGGGGAGGACACAAAAGAGAUGAUCCAGAAUGCCAAAGAAGCAGCUGCUGAGGCCAAUGAAACAGCUGCAAGAGUGGAAGAUACCCUGAGCAGCAUGAAGAAGAAUCUGGAUGAGUGGAAAGACCAGUAUGGAGACCUUCGCAAUGAAGACCUGAACCAGGCAGUCCAGGAUGCCAGGAAAUCUGUGUCCAGCCUGGAAAGCACCAUCCCGCUGCUGCUGGGGAAGCUGAGCAACCUGGAGAACAGGAGGAACAAGAACGCCACCGUGUCGGAGAACAUCGUGAGGAUCCGGCAGCUCAUCACACAGGCGAGGAACGCCGCCAGCAAGGUGAAGGUCCCCAUGAAGUUCAACGGCAGCUCGGGUGUGCAGGUCCGGAUGCCCAGCAACCUGCAGGAUUUGGCCGCUUAUACAUCCCUGAAAUUCUACAUCCAGAACCCCGAGCCCAGGAGCCGGCAGCGCCGGCAGGACAGGACGGAGGAGGGGCGGUUCGUGAUGUACCUGGGCAGCCGGGAGGCCACUGGAGACUACCUGGGCAUCGUGCUCAAGGACCACAGAGUGCAGUGGGUCUACAAACUGGGUAACGAGGAGCCAGCCUCCCUAACUGUCGAUGAGGAUAUUGGAGAGCAGUUUGCCACCAUCAGCAUCAACAGGAGACUGCAGUACGGGCACAUGUCGGUGAUCGUGGAGAGGCAGACGGUGCACGAGACCAAGGGGGAGAGUGUGGCCAGGGGGGAGCAGGGGCUGCUCAACCUCGACCCCCGCAGCGUGGUCUUCUACGUGGGUGGCUACCCUGCCAGCUUCACGCCUCCUCCCGCGCUGCGCUACCCCAACUACCGCGGGUGCCUGGAGCUGGACACGCUGAACGAGGAGGUGGUGAGCCUCUACAACUUCCAGCACACCUUCCAGCUGGACACCACCGCCGAGAAGCCCUGCGCGAGGUCCAAGUCCACAGGAGACCCCUGGCUGACUGACGGCUCCUACUUUGACGGCACCGGUUACGCAGAGAUCAAAUUUGAGAGCCAGUUCGGCACAACCAAGCGCUUCGAGCAGGAGAUCAGGGUGGUCUCCUACAACGGCAUCAUCUUCUUCCUGGAGAACCAGGGUCAGUUCCUGUGUCUGGCUAUACGGGAUGGGAAGCUGGUGCUUUACUAUGACUUGAACACUGGCCUGGAGAUGGCAAAACCCAGCAGCAACUCCUCCCUCACCAUCAGCAGCACCUCGGACAAAGCGAUCCAGAUUUUCCUCCUCAAAAUGAACAACAAGAAGCGCAUCCUGGUGCGGCUGGCACGCCUCACCAUCUUCAUGGUGCAGCAGGAGAACACCCUGGAGAACGCUGUCUCCUACUACCUGGGUGGUGUGCCCCCAGAUGUGCUGCCCCCCAGCUUGAAAGCACUCUUCCCCACGGGCGGGUCCAUCCGGGGCUGCAUGAAGGGCUUGAAGGCGCUCGGCAAAUACGUCGACCUGAAGCGCAUGAGCACGGUGGGCGUGAGCUACGGCUGCACCUCCGACCUCCUGGUGGCUCGCUCAGUCAGCGUCCAUGGCCACGGCUACCUGACCCUGGCCCUGAAGGACGUGCCGGGGCUGCGGGACUUCUACAGCGGCUUCG